CUCAAUCCACCGUAAGGCUCUUUAAUAGGAAACAAGUGUGACAACGGCAAGCCCUUUUUUCUCUCGCUCUCCCUCUCUCUUUCCCUCUCUCCCCCUCUCUCUUUUUAUUUUUUUUCUUUAAACCACAUAGUCAAACCGCCCUAAUAGAGAUGAAGCUUGAUAGAUCCACCCAGGUGUAGGUGAAAUGGUAGAGCCUCAAGCGUAAUAGAUGCCGUGCUCUUGUGCUGAAGUUCAGCACAGUGUCCUGAAGGGUUGUCUAGCAGCAGUGAGAUGGGUUGCUCUUUGCACAGUUAAAAAGUCAAUGAGCUUCCUCCAGCUUGCAUGUAUGACUAAUUUAGAAAGCAACCUGGAUCUAGGUGAGCGCUGCAGAACUGUCUCUUCUCUUCAGUGCACGGACAAAGCACAGCACACAGAGUAUCAAAAGAAACAUCAAUCAAACUGGAUAAUUUUGCCUUGACCAUUAAACUUGUGGCUGUGUGAGGUCGCCUGAAGUUCCCCGGCGGCGCCCGGCAGGACGGGGAGCGCCGCGGCUCCGGCUCGCAGGGACCCUACAGUGGCUGCUGCAGCAUGGGCUGGCUCAGGGGGAUUGCCUUGCUUUCCUUGGGAGUAUUACUAGCAGGAAGAGUGAACUGCCAGCAUGUGAAGAAUAAUGUGCCAAGGCUCAAAUUAUCCUAUAAAGAAAUGUUGGAAUCCAACAAUAUAAUAAAUUUCAACGGACUAGCUAAUAGCUCCAGUUACCAUACUUUCCUCUUGGAUGAAGAACGAGGUCGGCUGUAUGUUGGAGCAAAGGAUCACAUAUUUUCUUUUAACCUGGUAAACAUCAAGGAAUAUCAAAAGAUUGUUUGGCCUGUAUCUCAUUCCCGAAGGGAUGAGUGCAAGUGGGCUGGAAAAGAUAUUCUGAGAGAAUGUGCUAAUUUCAUCAAGGUGCUUAAGGCUUACAACCAAACCCACCUGUACGCUUGUGGAACAGGGGCUUUUCAUCCAGUCUGCACCUAUAUUGAAGUUGGAAGCCAUCCUGAGGACAACAUUUUUAGAAUGGAAGAUUCAUAUUUUGAAAAUGGCCGAGGGAAAAGCCCUUAUGAUCCUAAACUGCUCACAGCUUCUCUUUUAGUAGAUGGAGAACUGUACUCUGGCACAGCAGCAGACUUCAUGGGCAGGGACUUUGCCAUUUUCCGAACUCUGGGGCAUCAUCAUCCAAUCAGAACAGAGCAGCAUGACUCCCGGUGGCUAAAUGAUCCUAGAUUUAUUAGUGCUCACCUGAUACAAGAGAGCGACAAUCCAGAAGAUGACAAAAUCUAUUUCUUCUUCCGAGAAAAUGCAAUUGAUGGAGAGCACACUGGAAAAGCCACUCAUGCCAGAAUAGGGCAGAUUUGCAAGAAUGACUUUGGUGGACACAGGAGCCUUGUUAACAAAUGGACAACUUUCCUCAAAGCACGUCUGAUUUGUUCUGUGCCAGGACCUAAUGGCAUUGACACACACUUUGAUGAACUACAGGACGUGUUCCUAAUGAACUCAAAAGACCCUAAAAAUCCAAUAGUCUAUGGAGUGUUUACAACUUCCAGUAAUAUCUUCAAGGGGUCAGCAGUGUGUAUGUACAGCAUGACUGAUGUGAGGAGGGUCUUUCUUGGUCCCUAUGCCCACCGAGAUGGACCAAACUACCAGUGGGUUCCCUACCAAGGGCGAGUGCCAUAUCCACGCCCAGGAACUUGUCCCAGUAAAACAUUUGGAGGCUUUGAUUCCACCAAAGAUCUUCCUGAUGAAGUUAUAACAUUUGCAAGAAGUCAUCCAGCCAUGUACAACCCGGUAUUCCCCAUCAACAACCGUCCAAUCAUGAUCAAAACAGAUGUGGAUUACCAGUUCACACAGAUAGUAGUAGAUCGAGUAGAUGCUGAAGAUGGCCAAUACGAUGUGAUGUUCAUUGGCACAGAUAUCGGAACAGUUCUUAAAGUGGUUUCAAUUCCUAAGGAGACUUGGCAUGAUUUAGAGGAAGUCUUGCUGGAAGAAAUGACAGUCUUUCGGGAACCCACUGUUAUUUCAGCAAUGAAGAUUUCCACAAAACAGCAACAGCUCUACAUUGGCUCAGCCACUGGAGUUUCACAGCUUCCUUUACACCGCUGUGAUGUGUAUGGGAAAGCAUGUGCUGAGUGUUGCCUUGCAAGAGACCCUUAUUGUGCCUGGGAUGGUUCAUCUUGCUCACGUUACUUCCCCACUGCUAAGAGACGUACUAGACGACAAGACAUCCGAAAUGGAGACCCGCUUACCCACUGCUCAGACCUGCAGCAUCAUGAUAAUCCAAGUGGUCAGACCCUGGAGGAAAAGAUUAUCUAUGGAGUAGAGAAUAGCAGCACUUUUCUUGAGUGCAGUCCAAAAUCUCAGCGUGCUGCAGUCUACUGGCAAUUCCAGAAGCAAAAUGAUGACCGCAAAGAAGAGAUAAAAGUGGAUGAUCGCAUGAUCCGAACAGAACAGGGCCUAUUGCUACGAAGUCUUCAACGAAGAGACUCCGGUAUUUAUUUUUGUCAUGCUGUGGAGCAUGGCUUCAUGCAAACUUUGCUUAAAGUGACCCUGGAAGUAAUUGAUACUGACCACCUGGAAGAGCUGCUCCAUAAAGAAGAAGAUGGUGAUGCCUCCAAGACCAAGGAUGCUACCAAUAGCAUGACCCCCAGUCAAAAGAUCUGGUAUAGAGACUUCAUGCAGUUAAUCAAUCACCCCAAUCUCAACACAAUGGAUGAGUUCUGUGAGCAAGUUUGGAAAAGAGACCGCAAACAACGCCGGCAAAGGCCUGCCAAUGCGCAGGUGAAUACAAAUAAGUGGAAGCACCUACAAGAGAAUAAAAAAGGUAGGAACAGGAGGACCCAUGAAUUUGAGAGGGCACCACGGAGUGUCUGAGCUACAUUACCUCUAGGAACCUCAUCCAAGUAGAAACUUGUAUAGACAGAUAACUGGAAAAAAAUGCAAUAUUCAUGAACUUUUUCAUGGCAUUAUGUGGAUGUUUACAAGAGUGGAAAGUUCAAACAAUUUCCACCAGGUUUAAAAAAAAUCCAUUUCUAACUUUCGUAGUAAGUCCUUCCUCCCUGCUCUGAUUCUAAGACCAGAAAGAUCAGAGUUUCAAGGAUGAUAACUCACCCGGACCUAGCUUACUGCUCAAAAAGUUCUUCAAGUGUUCAGCAGGCAAGUUUUGCUUUCUCUUUUGCCUGAAUAUAAAAAAAAAUUUAAAAAUGCUGUAUUUCAUGCUGUCAUCUUAAAAAAAAAAACCACACACAAAACCCAGCUUUCAUCAUCAGCACUACCAUUUCUAGACUUAUGUAUAAAACUGCAUGAACUCAUUAAGCUGAUGAACGUCUAAACACGUGAUUGGACACAAGGAUUUUGUUCUUGUUUUGUCUACCAGUUCUCCUGUUUAUAUAUACUAGAAGAGGAAAAAAAACAAUACUGAAUGAGAUUGUUUGUGGAAAUAUGAACAACAUAAGCCAUCCAUCAUCUAGAAGAACAAAAAAUAUGGAGUACACUGGCCUACUACUGAUGACUUCUUUCAGCUUUGAUCUAAAAAGAUGUAUUUUAUUAAAACUAUAAUUUAAAUGUACCAUGAAAAAUAUGCAGCAAACAUUAGCUCUUUUCUAAAAUAGAUUAGACUUUUUUUGUCUUAGAAAUAUUGUACUUUCUAAUUAUUGGUUUAGAGGAAAAAAAGACAACUUCCAAUUAUGAGCUGCUUUACUCUUCUGUUUGGAAAAUCUUCCAGGGGAGCUAGUCACACUGCAGUUAACCUCCUCCCCUCUCAGUAAUCUAUAUGACAUGUAACUUCAAAACAAUUUUAAAACUAAGCUAUUUUAACAUGAAAGUCGCUGUAUAGCAUGGAAGUCUUCUGCAUUCUUUUUUUUCUAAGUAUCAUAUUUGAAAUGAUUCAACUUGUAUAAUACCUUUGCUAUAGAUUGAACCAAUGAAGAGGAGAGCAUUGAUUUUCAGUUGUAUAUUUUUUUUUUUAAUUAAAAAAAAGUAAAUAGCAUUAAAAUACCCUCUACUAAUUA